AUGGCCAUGCAAUGCCAGUUAUGGAUGGGGAGCUUGGAGCCAAACAUGACAGAAAGCUUUAUUAUGGCUGCAUUCAACCGUAUGGGACAGCGGCCAUUAGCGGUAAAAGUUAUGAGAAACAAAUUUACAGGAGAACCAGCAGGCUAUGCGUUUGUUCAUUUCCAGACUGAUGACGAAGCUAUUGACGCUAUGCAUAAACUUAAUGGGAAGCCCAUACCUGGUACAUUCCCAGUUGUGAGAUUCAGACUGAAUACUGCUUCAAGAGAAGCACGCGCCAACAUGCAACAAGAACGUGAGUUUUCUGUGUGGGUUGGUGACCUGAGCCCUGAUGUUGAUGAUUAUUCACUAUAUAGGGUAUUUGCCGCAAAAUAUUCUUCAAUUAAAACUGCAAAAGUAAUAUUAGACAGCUCGGGAUACACAAAAGGCUAUGGUUUUGUAAGAUUUGGUAAUGAAGAGGAACAGAGAAAUGCCUUAUAUGCUAUGAAUGGGUACAACGGAUUGGGCACGAAACCAUUAAAGACUUGCACUGCAGUACCGAAACCAAAGAGUGCUAAUACAAAUCAGAAUCUAGCGUCGGCUCCCGCAGGCAAUGCUUCCUACAACAGUGGAACGGAGUACAACCAAUACUAUGAUCCGUCGGCAUAUUGGCAGAACUAUUCGGCGUGGUCGGGCUACUACGGGCAGGGCGAGCAGGGCCAGGCGGCCGCUGCCGCGCAGCCCGCGCCAGACGCCGCGCAGCCGCCCGCCGCACUCGUCAAGGCGCAAACCGACGAGUUGGCCUUAGUAGAACACAAAAGAACAAUCGACGUUGAUCUACUGAACCAAGAGUUCCUCGAUCCUGAGUUGUCACUGUGGGACAGUCUCGAAGCUUCGCAGUGGUUCCCCCACGAAGUUGUAGAAGCACAUUAG